AUGCAAUACCUCUACCAUGCCGCCUACCUGAACGAGAAAGGGUUUGGCUUGAUGGAAUCCGGAAAGCAACACGAAGCCUUUGAAACCUUUAUCGGCGCCGUGGAAAGCAUUUCCACCAUGGCCCAAGUCAUGGAAUCCCAUCGGCAACAUCAACACCGUGCUCUGUCGCUGCUACCCAGCAGUCGAAGACGCAAACAGCAGCCAGUGUCGGCCUUUUCCAGCUGCAUACUCUACAAUGACAACUAUGACUUGGACGGUUGCGGCAGCAACCACAGCACUAGCAGUACCGGUAGCAGCAGUCACUCCUUGUGCCAGCACUCCAAUAACUUUGUCUACAAUCAGGCAUUUCGGUUCACGGCGCCACGCGAUUUGUCCAUCUUUUUCGACAAUAGCAGAGAAGAAGGAGGAGGGCAAUCAUCUCCCAGUGCUGCUCAUUACAUCAAACUCUAUCGGGCCAUUCUGACCUUUAACAGCGCCCUUACGUUUCACCAGAGAAGCAUUGGAGCCAACGAGAGUGUCAAGAAAACCGCUGAACAAGUGGCAUGCGAUCUGUAUAUGGAUGCCAUCAACUUGCUUCAAGAUUGUUAUUCCACCAUGGAUUCCUGCCGUGUCAUGGCGGCUGCCCUCAACAAUGCCGCCAUACUGUUUUAUGAACUACGAGACUUUGCCAAGUUUGAAUGCUUUCAAUCGGAACUACAUCUACUCCUUGUGGACAUGGAAAGUUCCUUUCCUCGAUGUGUGGAUCCACAAUGCCUCAAGUCCUUAUUCUUCAACGCUACGCUUCUAUCGCCUCCCAGGACGGCUGGAGCGGCUUAG